AUGGAAGCAGAAAUUAAUGAAAAAGAUCAGUGGCUUCGAUCAAAUAACGUCGAAAUCAAGGGAGUACCAUUUAAACCUGGGGAGAAUCUUUUUGACACUGUAACUAAAUUAGGAUCUAUAAUAACCUAUCCUGUGUUGAAGAGUAACAUUAAUUAUGUAACAAGUGUCCAGACGCGAGAUGCUGGGUCGAACAAGACCAAGCCUAUUAUUCUUUUUUUUAUCAACAAAUAUAUGAAAGAAGACUUCAUCGCAGCUUCUCGCCUGAGUAAACGUAUUUAUACGGAAGAUAUUGGUCUAAAAGGAAACACCCGUAUUUACAUAAAUGAUCACCUUAGUUAUUCCAAAAAGAUGCUAUUGAAUAAAACUAAAACUGCUGCAAAAGAAAAAAACUACAAAUACGUAUUGGUCAAGCACGGGAAGAUAUUUGUGAGGAAAAUCGAUACAUCGCAAGUCUACAAUAUAAAAUCGGAAUCGGACCUAGUCAAGCUGCGUUAA